AUGCCGAUGCUCAAAGAUCCCUCCAAGAAAUAUAAGCCAUUUAAGCCUCUUCACCUCCCCAACCGGCAAUGGCCCGAUAAGGUCAUCGAUAAGGCCCCGCGGUGGCUGGCCACCGACCUGAGAGAUGGCAACCAGAGUCUGCCAGAUCCUAUGGAUGGUGAACAAAAAUACCGCUUCUUCAAGAUGCUCGUGGAUAUCGGCUACAAGGAAAUCGAGGUCUCCUUCCCCUCGGCAUCGCAAACCGACUUCGACUUCACCCGUCGUCUGGUCGAGACGCCUGGCGUUGUUCCCGAUGACGUCUGGCUCCAGGUCCUGUCUCCCUGCCGUGAGGACCUCAUCCGUCGCACCGUCGACUCCCUGAAGGGUGCCAAGAAGGCUAUCCUGCACAUCUAUCUGGCCACGAGUCCAUGCUUCCGCCGGAUCGUUUUCAACAUGGACAAGCAGAAGAGUCUGGAGAUGGCCGUCCGGUGUACCAAGUACGCUCGUUCCAUUACGAAGGACGACCCCUCGAUGGCCGGAACCGAAUGGCAGUUCGAAUUCUCCCCGGAGACCUUCUCCGACACGGAGCCGGAGUUCGCUGCGGAGGUUUGUGAGGCUGUCAAGGCCGCUUGGGAACCCACUGUGGAGAGCCCCAUCAUCUUCAAUCUCCCCGCCACCGUCGAAAUGUCCACCCCCAACGUCUUCGCCGAUCAGAUCGAGUACUUCUGCCGCAGCGUCUCCGAGCGCGAGAAGUACGUCGUCUCCGUCCACCCCCACAACGACCGUGGUUGCGCCAUCGCUGCUGCCGAGCUGGCCCAGAUGGCCGGCGCUCAGCGUGUCGAAGGUACUCUGUUCGGAAACGGCGAGAGAACCGGUAACGUCGACCUGGUCACUCUUGCCCUCAACCUCUACACCCAGGGGGUCAGCCCCAACGUCGACUUUUCAGACAUCAACGCCGUCAUCAAGGUCGUCGAGGAGAGCAACAAGAUCCCCGUGAACGAGCGUUGGCCCUACGGUGGCCAACUGGUCGUUUGCGCCUUCAGCGGCAGCCACCAGGAUGCCAUCAAGAAGGGAUUCAAGCUCCGCGAGGACGCCAACGCCACCGACGACGACGAAUGGGUCAUCCCCUACCUCCCCCUGGACCCCCAGGAUAUCGGCCGUACCUACGAAGCCGUCAUCCGCGUCAACUCCCAGAGCGGCAAGGGUGGUGCUGCUUGGGUUAUCCUGCGCAGUCUGGAGCUGGAUCUCCCCCGCGCCCUGCAAGUCGAGUUCAGCAAGAUCGUGCAAAAGCGCACCGAGGAAGCCAACCGUGAGCUGCGCGCCAGCGAAAUCGUCAACCUCUUCGAGGAGGCCUACCACCUCAAGUCCAACCCUCGCUUCAACCUCGUCGACUACAACAUCACCACCGACCGGUCGGCCUCGCCCGCACCCCCAGAGCCCGGCAAGGCCCUCAACACCAAGAACCUCAAGCGUCGCUUCACCGGUGUCAUCGAGAUCGACGGCCAGCAGCACGCCAUCACUGGUGUCGGCCCGGGUGCUAUCUCCUCCUUGGCGACCGCCCUCUCAACCCUCGGCAUCGAUCUCGACGUCGUCGACUACAAGGAACACUCCAUCGGUCUGGGCCGUGACGUGAAGGCCGCCACCUACAUCCAGUGCACUUCCGCCGGCAGCAAGGAAACGGUAUGGGGUGUCGGUAUCCACCAGGAUGUGGUCCAGGCCAGUUUGAUCGCCCUGCUCAGCGCGGCCAGCUCGUUCCUGACCAGCCGCGCCGGCUCCCCCGCUCCCUUCCGCCCGAUGCGCUCCAACACCCUGACGGAUGAGGACCUCCAGGCUCUUGAGACCCUGAACGGCACCCAGCCCAAGGUCAACCUGGACGCUCUGACGGCGCAGGCCGAACGGCAGUAA